UCAGUCAGUGUCCGUUCGUCGUCCGUGUUUGUGUUAUCGUUUUUGUGAAAGCCCGGCGGCGGCGGCGGUGGCGCCCCCCAGAAUCCCAGAGUGCACUUGGAAGGCAUCCAACAAAUUCUUGGAAAAGGCUGCCCCCCCGAAAAAAAAAACGUCCGGAACAGUGGAUGGCCGCUUCAACGAGCUGGUACCCUUCGGCGGUCGGCAAUUUUGGAGGCGACGUCGAUUCCCCGGAGCCGGAGCUGCUGCAGUCCCACGGCGGCAGGAUGCAGGUGGUCAGCGCCAGCCAGCGGUUCUGUCGGCUGUGUUUGUCCAAGGAGCAGCAGCUGAAGCCGAUCUUCCCACCGGACGGAACACCGGACGAGUCCUUGCUGCAGCGGAUUUUGUCCUGUUUAACGAUUACGAUCUCCUUCGACGACGACUACGACACCUUCAUCUGCCGCAUCUGCAGCCAGGAGGUGACCAAGUUCUUCCUGUACAAGGAGCAAUGCCUGGCGAACGACUCGAUCAUUCGGAACCGACGGAAACCCAGCAAGGGCAUGUUCUACGACGAGGAGGGGUCCAACGGGUUAGGCGUUAGCAUUCCACAGAACGGGAAUGGUGGAGGCGAUGUGGUGGAACUAUCGGACGACAGUGAUGUUGAGCAGGGCGGGCCCAACUGGGAAGAGGAAGGUCAGGGGGAUCCUAUUGACUCGGACGAGUUUGACAUCCGGGAGGAGGAGAGUGGGGACACUGCGAGGGAUGCGGAGGAGUUCAACGACGCGGAUUCGGACAAGGGAGAGGUUGGUUCGUUGCUCAAGCCACUGCCACGGAUGAGGGCUCGUCGGGAUAACGUGCAGGACUUUUACCACGGUGGGUUUCGGUACACGUGCGCGACCUCGCGGGCAAACGGGAAGAUUCACUGGCGGUGCAUGUACAAGUCCAAGCUGAAGUGCCGGGCCGCGAUUCUGGUGGCGUCGAAUGGGAGCGUUUCGAGAGGACCGAAUCGCCACAACCAUAAGCCGGAAGCGAAGACAAAUCAGAAGACGUCGGAGGGAGUUAUUCUGGACACGCACACCGGCCGGAAGGUCCACUACCGGUUGAUUACGAGCGAACGUUCCGGCGUGCAUCCAGUUCAAGUUGUUUGCAACGGGUACAAGUACCGGUACGCGAGGACAACCCAGAAGAAGACGACCUACUGGCGCUGCAUGAAACACAACGGCAAGGAGAACUGCAAAGCGGUGGUCUCCUUCCGGUUAGACUUUAGCAGCUGUUCUUCGAACGGCAACUCGCACAACCAUCCGGCACAGUACGACAUGCAGCAACUGCAGGACGAGGAGGAGGAGCAGGUCGCGGAACCGGAAGUGAUGCCCACGUUUGGAAUUCUCAAACCGGGCAAGAAGCUGGCGCACGCAAUCAGGAGCAACGGAAGUUCCAGCUCGGGCGAUGGGUUUGGCAAGACCCAGAUCUCGCUCAAGGGCAGUGGCCGCUGGAACGUGAUGAUCCACAAGGGGUACGAGUUUGGGUUUCCGCGGGCCGACAAGAAGAACAACAAAUGGGCAUGCUACAAGAAGAGUCUGUUCAACUGUCCGGCCAAUGUGACCACCAACGAGACCGGGCGGGUCAUCAAGGAGAGCGAUUGGGCGCACAAUCAUCGGCCGAGUGACGACUACGCCAAAACGGACAUCAUCGAGGGCCAAAUGCAGGACGUCCGGAACGAGGGCCAACCGGUGUACUACAAGCUGAUCCCCGGCAAGCGGGGCCAGCGCUUUGUCCUGUACAAGGGCUACCGCUACUCGUCGGAUCGGCUCAUCAGCGACGGGCGGAUCGCGUGGAAGUGCACCAAGUGCAAGGUGUUUGUGAUGAUCGGCGGGCGGUUCGCGACGUUCGAGGAACGGGGCGACGAGCACGAACAUCCGGUGCUGGAGGAGGACGACGAGUCGAUGCCGUACGAUGCGUCGCUGGUGGACGCGCUGAUGGCGGUCGAGGGGGGAGAGGAGGAAGGGGACGAGGGCGCGGAUGAAGACGGGAGUCAGGAUGUGGUGGUGAAGGAGGAGCAGUCGUUGGUGGACGAGGACAGCCAGGAGGCGGAUGGUGAUGGAGAUGGAGAGGACGACGAGGAGGAUGAGGGAGAGGAAGACGAGCUGAUCAUUCCGGAAGUGAUGGUGGAGUGAGGUGGAGUUUGGGGUUUUCGUUAGACUUUAAGGUAAGUUAUGUUCUGUCUUUUCUUCAGAAACAGUCAGUAGAUAAUAAGUUUGGGCUGCACGAAUGGUUUUGCAAUCAUUUUUUAUCGUGUCAUUAAAUGUGUACAUAUUUGGAAAAAUGUUCAAAUA